CCAGAAGGGGAUGGGGACCGAGCCGUAGAAGCUCGAAGGGGCUCUGCGUCUCGGUAGGGGACGUUCACCUGGAUACUAUGCGCACCUUAGGUGUCUCCCAUGUUGUCGCCCGCGCCAUUCCAGCGCUUCUGCCCUUCUCCAGCGCCGGCCGGCUCUGCUCCGGCUUUGUUCCGUAUCGAAGAACCCCCAAUUGUGAAGGUUGUAAAGGGGGCAUGCGCCGUCGGGGGGGGGGAACUUGGUCGGUGCUGUGUGUGGUCAGGUACUGCCUCGUGUACCCCAUAAGUGCCUCUGCGUAGUACCCCUAACUAUAGACGCAGCUACGAAGCCGGCCAUCCCCGCCGGGCGACAAAUCAACCGCAACCGCAUCGGGUGUACCGU